UCAUUAUAAUAAUCUCGCGGGAACGGUGACCCGCACGUCGAAACGGACCCGAACCCGAAUCAUGGCAAGCCCCCUGUAUUAAUUAAUCAACAGUAAUUAAACAAGUUAAAAAAGGAUAAUCACGUUUGUUUUGAAGAGAAAGGGAAGAAGAAAAUGAGAGUUUGAAUCAGAGGCCAUUUGCUUUGGCUUGGGGUUGCUCUUCUGAUUCAAAUUCCAUUGAAAAAUUGAAAAAAAAAGACGCUAAAAAUGGCGUCGAAUUCGAAUCCGUCGCUGCAGGCUGAGAUCGGACCCGACGGCCUUGCUCGCGAGGCUUCUGUCAUUACCUACACGGAGAAGAUAAUCGAGAACGAACAGCUUCAAUUAAGAAAAUAUAUUGAAGAAAACUAUUCUAAAAUACGGGAUGUCGAACGAGAGCUGGCACAGUUGUCAAUGGAAAUGAAACUCACAGCUGGGCCAAAAAAAUCAGCUCUUGAACAUUUGAGGAAGAAAAUAGAGAUGUCAACGGAGAAAAUUCAUGCUGCCAAGCUGAAGGAAGAACAAGCACGAAAGGUGUGGGAAGCAGCAUUACAGGCUGUAAAGGACGAGGAAGCUAUCAAGCAGCAGCUUUGUGAAGACUUAAACCAACUGGUGCAAGAAAGCAGCAGUUCUCAGUUUACGAGACUUGAGGAGUUAAAAAGACGACUUGAAGCUAUGAACCCAAGCAGAUCAUCAGCUUCUGUUUCUCAUGAUGGGAAAUCAAUGGGUCCAGAUGCUCCUACAGUUCCGGGAUCAACAGAAUCAGGUGGAGUCACUCAAAACAUCCCUAAUCCAAGAAAUCCUGGAAAUGUUUCGGUCACGAAUGGGCACAAUCAACAGGCACCUGUUGAGGGAGAAGGAAGAGGAAAGAAGAAAAGUCAGUUCCACGGAAGAGGGAAGGGACUUGGAGCUGUGCCCAAGGGUAGGGGACCUCCUCCGCCCGGCUGGACAGGGGCUGGGUUCGAUGCUUAGGGUUGUUAUUCUGAUUUUUCUCUGUGCCGAAAGCUCUUGGAUAUAUUCUUUCGUCCACCUUUCUUCCCGUGUUCUUUAAUUGUCUAUAGCAUUUGAUAUCAAGCAAGAAUCAAGAAUGUAGACGUUGUUGGUCGUUGUCAAAUUAUGUAACGUGAAUAUUCACGGUAUUCAGGUGGAAAUUGUGGGUAAUUAACCCAGUGUAGAACCAAGAAAGGAUUCAAAUCUCAAAUGUAUCUUCGCUUUGUUCCAAUAUUUUCCCCCUUC